AUGUUUUUCUUUCGACGCUCGCAUGCUAAGCCCGCGCCACGCCCCUCACGUGCCCCAUCCUUUGCGUUGCCCAAGCGUCGAUCUCCCGUCCGGCUGGCGCCUUCGCACCAGCACGAUCAGCUGCCAUUUUUGAGGCGAUCCCGGUUCAGUGCCCUGCCCCAUUUUCGUGCCUACGAGGAUGAGCCGGAGAGCCUGUCCCUAUUCAUUGCCAUCCUUUAUGUGGUGGAUUUGUUUGGUAUCUUUCCAUUUCUAACGCUGCCUGCCCUACUUAUUCGCAUGGGUUACUUUGGUGUGCUGCUAGGGUUGUCCAUCAUCUUUCUGCAGAUGUACACCUCCUUUCUGCUCUCACAGUGCUGGACGAUGGCUGAGCUUCUGGAUCCUUCGAUACAGCAGAAGAGAAACUAUCCAUAUGCAGCACUCGCUGAUCUCGCUUUCGGUCCCUAUGUCAGCUUGUUGGUAUCGGUGCUGCUGGACUUGAGCAUCUUUGCCAUGGCAGUGCCAAGCAUUGUCGUAGCUGCCGAGAAUCUGGAGGCUGUUGUUCUGCGCAUGAGUGCGGGUCAUUAUAAUUUCUCCUAUUGCUAUUGGGCCAUCCUUGUGGGCAUAGUCAUCUGUCCACUCAUGUGGUUGGCCAGUCCGAAGCAUAUGCGCGGAUUGGCGAUUAUUGCUGUUUGUGGUCUGAUUAUUUUUGUGGGGAUACUUUGGUAUUGCCUUAUAGAUGCGCCUGCAAUUGGACAGCCCUUUCAAGGAGUUUCAAUGGAACUACCUGGUUUUCUCUCGGUCCUUAACAGUUAUAGUGUCCUGGCCUUUCAGUUCGAUAUACAUCCUGUGCUGCUCACGCUCCAAAUUGAUAUGAAGCGCAAGUCACAAGUGUCCUGGGCAGCACUCAGUGGAAUUGCCAUUACUUGCAGUGUGGCCAUCAUUGGUGCGGUUAUCGCCGCCUACAAGUUUGGUUCCAUGAUUCACAGCAAUCUGAUCCAAUCUCUACCAACCAGUGUGCCCUUCUAUGUGAUGCUUAUACUGAUGUCCCUGCAGCUUUGCUUCUCGGUGACGGUGGCCAGCUCAGCGAUGUUUCUGCAUAUCGAGAACUACUUCAAGUUGCCCGAGUCUCUCUCCUGCAAACGCAUACUGAUUCGUUCCAGUAUACUCGCUCUGGAAGUGCUUGUGGCGGAGUUUGUGCCCAGUUUCGAUGCGCUCAUGGAUGUAGUUGGUGGCACCAUAACGGGUCCUUUGGUCUUCAUACUGCCUCCUCUGCUAUAUCGCCGGAUUCGACGCAUGGAGCGAGUGCAUCAACGCAUUGCGGCCGAAGCGAGCUAUGGCAGUCUGCCAUUGGACUUGAAUUAUGACUCAAUUGACCUUGAAAUGGAGCCACUUCUGGUCGAAACAAAGUCACAUACACCACGUGGCUUGUGGUUCCGUUUGGUGCGUCUCCUGCAUCGUCUGGAAUGCGAUGUAUCCUGCACUAUGGGUGUGCUGAUCUUUGGACUACUCGCCACAUUUCUGUCGACAUAUUUGAAUUUGUUUACGAUUGGCAAUCUAUUUAAAAACAACUCGCCCUGUCUAAGUAAUCUAACGGCGCAUUAGGCGUACACUCAGCAAAAAAUAUGAAUUCCAAUUUACAAAGUUGUCUUCACUAAUCUUGCUAAUAUCCAUAUUUUAAAAUACAAGUUCGAUUAUUUGUUAGAAACAACAAAAAAAAAA